AAGAACAACACACGCUUGGACUCAGAUCUUCACUAAAGUGUCCUGAUUCUUUACACCUCUUAUAAUGAAAUCAGAGUCCAGACGCCGCUCUUUAGGAAAAUCUCCACAGACUCCUGCUGCUACUGGCUCAAAGCAGGAAUAUAGAGAAUACAUGAAGAAACACGGCCCUAACCAAUCUUCAUAACGAUCAUUACUACAGCUUCCCUUGUCCAAAACACUUGCUAACUAUGUACCACUGCUCAGAUUGCGGGAAGAGUUUUACUAAAUGACAUGGUCUCGAAUACCACGAGCGCAUUCAUCCAGGAGAGAAGCCAUAUAACUCUGGACAGUGGGGGGAGAGUUUUGCUUGUCCGAGUACUCUCCAAAGACACGAGCGAAUUCACACGGGAGAGAAGCCGUAUCACUGCUCACAGUUUGGGAAAAGUUUUCGUGACCAGAGUGCCCUCUACAGCCACCCACAGUGUCAUACAGGAGAGAAGCCGUACCUCUGUGGACAAUGUGGAUGGAGCUAUACUCGUUCAAGUUCAUUAAGGACACACAAGUGCUCUAAGAUAAAGCCAUCAACUGUUAACAUGUGAAUUUGUCAAAAUGUACCACUGCUCAGAUUGUGGGAAGAGUUUUACUAAAACUCAUCAUCUUAAAAAUCACAAGUGCAUUCACACAGAAGACAAGCCGCAUCACUGUGGACAGUGUGGGAAGAGUUUUACUUGUCAGAGUCAUCUCAAACAACACCAGCGCAUUCAUACAGGAGAAAAGCUGUAUCACUGCUCACAGUGUGGGAAGAGUUUUACUUUCCAGAGUAAUCUCCAAGUACAUGAGCGCAUUCACACAGGAGAGAAGCCGUAUCACUGCUCACAGUGUGGGAAGAGUUUUACUUCCCAGAGUAAUCUCCAAGUACACAAGCGCAUUCACACAGGAGAGAAGCGAUACUACUGCUCCCAGUGUGGAAAUAGUUUUACUCGUCAGAGUCAUCUCCAACGACAUGAGCUCAUUCACACGGGAGAGAGGCCGUAUCACUGCUCACAGUGUGGGAAGAGUUUUACACGAGAAACUCAUCUCCAACAACACCACCGUAUUCACACAGGAGAGAAGCCGUAUCACUGUGGACAGUGUGGGAAGAGUUUUAAUCAAGAAGGUAAUCUUCGGAUACACCAGCGCAUUCACACGGGAGAGAAGCCUUAUCACUGCUCACAGUGUGGGAAAUGUUUUCAUGACCCAAGUGCCUUCCACAGCCACCAGCAGUGUCAUACAGGACAGAAGCCGUACCUCUGUGGACACUGUGGACGGAGCUAUGCUCAUGCAAGAUCAUUAAGGAUACACAAGUGCUCUAACAUAAAGCCAUCAGCCCUUGACACGUGAAUUUGUCAAUUUAAGAUACAUGUCUUUAAAUAUAUACAGUAUCUCACAAAAGUGAGUACACCCCUCACAUUUUUAUAAAGUAGUGAGUGUACAGCUUGUGUAACAGUGUAAAUUUGCUGUCCCCUCAAAAUAACUCUACACACAGCCAUUAAUGUCUACAUCGCUGGCAACAAAAGUGAGUACACCCCUAAGUGAAAAUGUCCAAAUUGGGCUCAAAGUGUCUAUUUUGUGUGGCCACCAUUAUUUUCCAGCACUGCCUUAACUCUCUUGGGCAUGGAGUUCACCAGAGCUUCACAGGUUCCACUGGAGUCCACUUCCACUCCUCCAUGACGAUGUCACGGAGCUGGUGGAUGUUGGAGAUAUUGUGCUCCUCCACCUUCCAUUUGAGGAUGCCCCACAGAUGCUCAAUAGGGUUUAGGUCUGGAGACAUGCUUGGCCAAUCAAUCACCUUCACCCUCAGCUUCUUUAGCAAGGCAGUGGUUGUGUUGGAGGUGUGUUUGGGGUCGUUAUCAUGCUGGAAUACUGCAUACUGAUCAUGCUCUGCUUCAGUAUGUCACAGUACAUGUUGGUAUGUUUGCAUGAGUGGAUUAUUCACAACAAUAAAUGCUUUGUGCAAGACUUAAUUGAUUACAGAGUCAGGUUAAGGAAUGGUGGCUUUAUUUUGGUUCUUGACAUUUAUAAAGCAUUUGACACGGUUGAGCACUGUGAUGGAAAUUAUUAAUUUUUACUUUGUAAUAGUUUUGUUCUUGUUCUGUUCAUGUUCAUCUGAGGAUAACGUCAAAGAAGGUCAUGUCAAGUCAUUUAGAUUAGUACAGAAUGUUCAUCUCCUUACAGAGACACAAACAUGUUUUUCUGUUGAGGGUUCGACCCUGAAACAAAGCCUGUUUGAAUUGCCUCAGACUGCUCCUUAUCGGUACAUAGAAGUGUAUUAUGUCUUGCGCUUUAUAGACAUAGUAAAUGUUCAGCACAAGUGCCCCAGAGCACUCUCAUUAUUCUAUCCUGUAUUCAUCCUUCUGUAAUAAACCUUUUCACCUGA